AAGUACAUACAUAGACUCACGAUUCACGACCUCAAUGCACAAGACUCGUAGCAGUUUUUUAGUAACUCUGUCCUGAUGUCCGCCGAACGUGAUAUACCCUAUGCUAUCGUUGUCCCGUAGAUUGCGGUGUAAAAAUAAGCUGAACAUGGCGUGUUCCCGGUACGGUUAAAUUCCCGUUUCAAUUCGUGUCGGCAUAGCAAAGAAACAUUUUGUUCCUGUGACACAGUGGUGUACGUGCCUGCGUGUGUGUGUGUGCUCGUGCGUGUGCGCGCGCGCAUGGAUGUAUUUCGUGCACUGUUUUGUUAGGAAUGGAGAAUUAUCUACUGUACAACGAGUACGCCCGUUCGUCAACGUCAAGGGCCUCUGUUUCACUUCUCUUCUUUCCAAGGCCGUAUUGAAACAGAGACAAAAAUGCUGAUCGCCAGAACGAAGCUGGAAUAUAAAUGCUCAGGAAUAAUGGAGUUUUGUGGAUUACCAACGAUAGUCUGUCGUGUAAAGGUUCUGCGAGGUGGAAAUGUCGGGGUGUUUGGUUUGGCAAUUUGAUUAUCUAUAUCCAGAAACGAACGGUCAGCAUGCUGCAGGAGAAAAUUCCUUAAUGAAGAAAAUUGGUGCUACGGUGCGACGUUGAGAGUGUUCAUCUCGGACCGUUUAAUUAAGUAUGGACGAAAUCCGUGGUUCACAACCGGUACGACGCCUGUCACAAAUUUUGGACCCGAUCGCAAGAUUAGCGUCCGACUGUGGUUCGAAUUCGGCACCAUGUAGCCCGCGUCUUGGGGCCCGGCACGACUGCAGCUCGCAAUCGUCAAUCGAUAAUAAUCGAGGUGUCGCCAGCGGAGCCGACAGUCCCCGAUUACUGCCCCGACGCACCCGGCAAGGACCAACACCCCCACCGAGGCCGCAAAACAGUCCUGUUCAUUUGAGAGAUUCGCCCUACGUCAACGUUCCAAGCUUGCUGUUCAAAAAGGACAAGAAAUUUACGGAUACCGCCAAGACCGCGGGGUAUGUCGAGCUAAAGGACAAGUCAAAGAGUAAUCCGCUGUACAACUUGACGUCGGAGUCGAGCGGCUACGUCGAGUACACCGACAAACGUACCUUCGGGGCGCAAACCGAUUUCGGGCCGACAAGUUUUGAAAACAAGGCCCAUGAGAUACAAAACUUGAACAGAGGUCGCUCGCCCUUUGACUCCGGACCAUCGAGACACUUCGAAAGGACCUACUCCUUUUCCGGACGAUCCGAAACUGGGUCGACCCACUUGCAGACGACGGCUCAGCCGCGGCUCCAUUUUGCCGCGGAGAAUCGUCUAUUUGCUGAACGCGCUGAGCCAAAGAAGGAUAAACCAGAAGUGAGGCCUGGUUACGGGGCUUCCAAGAGCUUCGAUGGUUACACCAGUACAGCGGAGGAGCUUAACUGGCAGGAGAGAUGCCUUGAACUGCAGCUCGAACUUCACCGGAGCAGGAGCCAGGCAACCAGAGUGCGGGACAUGCUUCGGGACAAGCUUUCGGAACUUGAACAGAGGGUGCUCGAGGCAGAGGGUAGAGCGGACGAAGCGGAAGACAAGGUACGGAUGAUGGAGGAACGGCUGGUGAAGGGUGAAUACUGCUUAAGUACUUCCAGCGUCAGUUCGCCAACACAUUCAGUCCCAUCAACGUCGGGUGUUCAGAGUGAAAAGAUAGAUGAUACGCACUGUGCCUGUAUAACGAAGCUAGAGACACAAGUCGAAGAGCAGAGACAAUUACGACUACAAGACGCCCGACAGGUCGAGGCUAAGGCUGCUAGAAUAAAGGAAUGGGUAACGAAUAAGUUGCGCGAAUUGGAGCAGCAAAACCAACAUUUAAGAGAGCAAAAUAACAAGUGUAAUCAGCAACUUGAGCUACUACGGAAUCACAUAACAAACAUCGGAUUGCGCCCACCUGCACCAACAAGAGCAUCGUUGUCGUUGGAAGUAGACCCUACGUUGCGCCGGCGUUCCGAAAGCUUAGACACCACUCCACACGCGAUUCAGGAAAUUGUACAGAACUCUAUUGCUGAGCCUCAAACGAGCACAAGGCAUAGACGACAUUUAUCAGCUUGUGGUACAAUUCAGCAGGGAAGCACAGCUGUCAAUAUGGAUUCCAGCAUACUGUCCGAAGAGUUGGCUGCUGCUGUGGAGAAUCUAGUUAUGCUACCAAAUAUUCCUGGUGUCUUGGAAACUAAUAGAGAUAGUACUGGCUCUGAGGCAGUACACGACUAUGCUGAAAUCUAUACCCCUAGUAGGGAAGGAGUCAAUUGGAGUCAGGCUGGUCAAGGUCCCCGCCCACCCACGCCACCAUUGCAUAGAUUUCCUAGCUGGGAGGCGAAAAUUUAUCAGGUUGCCGACGGUGGAUUAGGCAUCGGACCUCCGACUAAUGAGGAAUCAGCUCCUUCAACAACUACAAACACCACUAGUUCAUCUAAGCAUUCUCAUGCAACUGGACACAAUCUAACUGCUCAUAACUCACAGGGCUAUUGUGAUAUCUCUGUACCUGUUUAUGCUACUGUCAAAGGUAGAGCCAGUCAGAUACGAUCUAUGCCAUUUGGGGACAGUUCAGAUGACAGUUCAGAGGGAGAGGAGCAUCCCAAUCAAACAGAAACCAAUACUAGAAUAACCAAUAGUUCUUCGGACAAUACAGAUUCGUCUCUAGGGAGUGGUAGUAGCCCUUCAAAGAGCGUGAAAACUACAAGCAGCUUGAGCCCAGCUAAACGAAGUUCGAGUGGCUCUCCUAGCAAAAGCGUGAAGCGUGAUGUAACGAAAUUUUCAGAUACCUCCCUGGAAUCAGGGCUUUCUGAAGAUUAUGCUAUACCUCCCGAUGCUCUGAGUUCGACAUCCCUAGAAUCUAGCAUGCCGAGUUUGCUUAUCAGGGCAUCUGGGGAAAGUCCAAAACGACUCGAAUCAUUGGAAAAAACUGGGCACCUUGCGAAACUAGGAGGGAAACUAAAGACAUGGAGAAAACGGUGGUUUGUCCUUAAAAAUGGGGUGCUCACCUAUUGGAAGAGCCAAAAUGACGCGAAUCGCAAACCACAAGGGCAAAUAAUUCUUGACGAGGUCUGCAGGAUUAACCGAGCAGAAGGAGCAGCUACAUUCGAAAUUGCUACAGGCAAAAAAACAUAUUACCUGACCGCUGAUUGCAUAGCAACAAUGGAAGAUUGGAUAAGGGUAUUACAAAAUGUUCAAAGGCGUAAUGCAACAAAGUUAUUGCUGAGUAAAGAGGAUAACAAGCCAACAAUCCAAGGCUGGCUGACAAAAGUAAAAAAUGGUCAUGCAAAAAAGUGUUGGUGCGUUCUUAUUGGAAAAAUGUUCCUGUACUUCAAAUGUCCCAGUGAUACGAAUCCUAUUGGACAAAUAAAUAUGAGGGAUGCUCGUGUGGAAGAAGUGGAACACGUCUCCGACAGCGACAGUGAGGAAAGAGAUGCAGAAUGCCCGCAUGAGAGAACAAUUGGCAUUUUCCCUACUCAUCAGGGUCCGACUUAUCUUUUAAUAUCUCAUAAACACGAGAAGGACAAUUGGCUCUACCAUUUAACUGUUGUAUCGGGUGGCGGACCUAGUGCUGGCACACAGUAUGAGCAAUUGGUACAAAGAUUAAUGGAAACUGACGGCGAUCCCACCUGUGUACUAUGGCGUCAUCCACUCUUACUGCAUACGAAGGAAAAUAUUGCAAGUCCCUUGACAAGUCUUACGUCGGAAUCCUUGCAGAUGGAAGCUAUCAAGUUGUUUAAGGCCUGCCAACUUUUUAUGUCGGUAGCUGUGGAACAAGCUGGGAUCGAUUAUCACGUUGUUUUAGCACAAAAUGCGCUACAGCAGUGUUUGGAUCAGCCAGAGCUGCAGUCAGAAUUCGUUAGUGCUUUAGUAAAGCAGACCAGCCGUCACACUCAACAGCGCUUGGGCGUUCAGGUAAAGAAGGCUGGCAGUCGUGUGUCACUGGGUACUGCGCGCGUUCAACUCCUCCUCUGCGCCACACAAUCGCUGUUCACCUGCGAUACGCAAAGUCCCACAGCCAGUGGUGGCAGUGAAAAUGCAGACGUCCAAUCGACGGCCUCAACUUCUCACAGUCCUCCGCUCACACAGGCCCAUUCUACACCAACAAUAUUGGAUUGUAAGACAAAUCCUGCCCAGUACGUGCUUGUCCAAGGAUGGCAACUCUUGGCACUUGCUGUAUCACUUUUCCUUCCACGAAACAACAGGCUGCUCUGGUAUUUAAAACUACACCUCAACAGAAAUGCGGAUUCCAAAACCGAAUGUGGCAAAUACGCAGCGUACUGUGAAAGAGCACUGGAAAGAACUUUGCAAAAUGGGGGUAGGGAGGUGAAACCAUCUAGGAUGGAGGUGUUGUCAAUUUUAUUAAAGAACCCAUAUCAUCACUCCUUGCCGCAUGCAAUUCCGGUUCAUUUUUUGAACGGAACUUAUCAAGUUGUUAGUUUUGACGGCAGUACAACUAUCGAAGAAUUUUUGAAUACAUUAAACCAAGAAAUUGGCUGCCGAGACGUUCAUCAAUCUGGAUUCACUCUUUUCAGCGAUGAUCCAAUUGAAAAAGAUUUAGAGCACUUUAUCGACCUGCAAGCUAAGCUCUGUGAUAUUAUAUCUAAAUGGGAAACAGCAUUGAGGGAAAAAGGUUCCGGAAAGUUUGAAAAUACAAGAGUGAUACAAUUGACUUAUAAAUCCAGGUGUUACUGGAAACAUGCUGUCAAAAUGGAAACUGAUAGAGAAAGACUAUUGCUUUGUUAUCAAAUCAAUCAACAAGUUGUACAGGGCAAGUUUCCUGUCAAUCGAGAACUCGCCUUUGAACUUGCCUCUCUCAUGGCACAGAUCGAUUUUGGGGAGUAUAGCAACGAGAAGACCCGCGGUAGCAGUGGACCUGGAAACAAUGCUCACUAUCAUGUUCUGCAGGCUCUCGACAAAUUUUACCCAAUUCGGUAUCGGAUUAAUAUCACUUCCGAUCAGCUAAGGGAACUGCAAGAGAAGCUGCAAGAAAAAUGGAUUUCCCUGAGAGGUCGCAGUAUCCUGGAUUGUGUCAGGAUAUAUUUAACUUGUACCAGAAAAUGGCCCUUCUUUGGCGCCACUCUAUAUCAGGCUAAGCUGAAACAAGUUGAGCCAGCAACCGUUUGGAUCGCAGUUUCCGAGGACAGUGUUACGUUACUAGAGCUACAAACAAUGGCAGUAUUGUGCCGAUACAACUAUGCAAAUAUUAUUACCUUUGGUGGCUGCUUGGACGACUUCAUGCUAGUUGCAUGCCCAGAUGAAGGAGCUGCUGAACAAAAGCUUCUAUUUGCCCUUAAUAAACCCAAGAUCCUCGAAAUAACGUUGUUAAUUGCCGACUACAUGAAUGCCCUGGGUCACGCGUUACCCGGAACACCGCAGAUGAAUACCCUGACACGUAAUGGUUCACAUCGGUCUAUAAAGUCUACCUUAAGACCUGCAACUGGUUCAAGCUGUCUUCCAACACAACCGGACAUAUUGAAGUCAACUCCAGACCACCAAAGACCCUAAAGAGACUGUAUGUUAUACUCAUUAUUUUCAAUUAAAAAAGUUACCGUAACAUGUCGCUGAGUAUAAUAGGAAAGUGUCGAAGUUCUAUUAAAGCGCUAUACCUCAAUUACAAAUAAUUGGUCUCAUACAUGUUUACCAAUCGAUUGUUCCAUGAGAAGCAUGCAAGACUCAGUAAACAAAAUUUCUCCCAUCAAACACAGCAGUUGUAUCUACAAUAUAUAUUAUAUGUAUACAUGCGACUGCCAUUUUGAUUUGUCAAGAAUUCAAAAUUUCUGUGGGAUAUAGAAAUAGCUUUCUCAAUACAAAUUCGACAUCAUGUGCCAUUUUUCACAGUCGUUUUCAGUCAGUGAUCGACAUUUGUGAACUAAAUUGGCAUUGAGGUCAUAUCGCAUUUCUUUACAGUGACAAUGAAUGUAAUUUAUAUUUUACUACAGUGCGCAAUAUAAAUGUAACGAUCAAUUUGUGGAACACUGCCUAAUAUUUAAAUUUGAUGAAAUAGUUCUGUAUGAAUGUCAGUGAUGUACUGAAAUUUGAAAAUUUUGCUACACAUUUAUAUACUAAAUUUGAAUAUAAGGUGAACUAUGAUAUGUGUAUAUUGUGUAAUUUUAAAGAUCAUAGUGAUCAUGUCAUUUGUACAUAGGGGCGAUAGCAUAAUAGAUAUUGAGUAAGUGUGGAAGUCCAUAUGAAACCAACAGAUACUUUUCCUAACUAUCUUCGAUCAUAUUGUAAUUUGAUGCUCAUGGAUUCAUAGUAGUAAAAAUUCACUUACAAUCUUCCCUGAUAUUUUCUCGUCGCUGUUUAGUUAUUGCAUGGUUUGGAAAAUUUGGGCAAAAUCUUUUUUAUGCCAUCUAUAUGUCUUCUGUUCUCCGUUGAAAAUCCAACAUAUUAUACUGUGCGUAGCAGUUAUUCACAAUUUCAAUUUUGAGUAUGUUUUUACAGCUUAAGUGAUUUCUUUGCUGCUUUAUUUAUGAAAUAGUCACUUCAGUAACCCAUUUUUUCCAACGGUGUUGUAUACUAUGCAAAUGUCAUAACACAUUUGUUAUAGUAAGUUGCAAUUUCCCAAUGAGAUUACGGAAACGUUGUCGAGUUGGACCAAAAAAACUGUCAACGAUUUUGAAAGAAGUGACGUCUGUUGAUGAGGGAAAAUAAUCUAUUGCAGUGUUUUUUAUUAUUUGAUGUGGAUUUGAAUUACUAUUCAGCGCCAUUAGGUUCCGAGUUAAAAAGCAACUGCAUGAAAUGAGGCAACACAAUGUUCUAAUUUCGUAUCGAUCUGUCGAUAUAAGUAUCGUAAGAAUUGGGUGAAAGAAAACAGUGAGGCAAUCCAACUUUCAUCUGCAUAUAGGCAAUACAGGGCGCCAAUAUCAUAUGUAUAACCCAUAUUACAUACCAUCAACACUAGCAGCUGAAGAACAGUUGGCAUCAACAGUUCAAAUUCUGGAGCGACGCAGAAUGAAAUAAAUGAAACUACCUUGAAUAGAAUAAUAAAGUGUGAAUAAUUGUUAAAAUCUAAUGCACUAAUGUUUAAUAAUUAUAAUUGAUCUAGAAUAAAGCUGAGAAUGUUUCGAAGUUUGGACUAGGGUUCAUUCAAAGUGACUUUUCCAGAGUUGCCCAGAGUUGCUAGGUAAAAACAAGUUCUUUAUUGAUUUUAUGGAAGCAAACUUAUUGGGUGAAACAGCCAUCUUUAUUAAGAACUUCGCAACUCCGCCGUAAUCUCCAUAGAUGUGAUGAAAAUCGCGCUCACUUGACUGAAACUAUUUUCUGGAGAUUUAAAUUCAAACAAGAUGACAGAAAAUUGUUGACUCUUAACGGUGAAAGAUCAGGUGGAGCAAUAUCGAAAAAUUUGAGUUGAGUUUUCAAACUUGAAGUUUUACAUAUAAGAUUCAAUUCCUCCAUGUUCCAAAGAUGUUGGUAAACUAAUACAAAUCACAACUCGCGUAGGAAGCUUCGGAUAAAUUGUUGAUAUUUCAAGUAUCUGUAGAAUAUGCGCAGGUUAUGUUGCAUACAAGCUGUUGCCUACAUGUAAAUGAUGGUUGAAUUGUUUGUUUGCAGGCGACCAUUGCCUUUUAGAGAAUCAUCACAGCAUAUUAUUUAUACAGUAAAGCUUCAGAAGUGUAUGCGUGCAUAGGAAAUAUUGACGCAACAAAAGGAAGACUCAGUGGUAACAAUAUUAGUUUGAUAUUUUCAAAUGAUAAUCAAUAAAAUGAGCGAUUGCCGUCUCCGUUAACAACAUAUUGUAGGAUUACUAUCAAGUGCCAAGACGUAAGAGCUGAUGUUCGCUGUUGAUCGUAUAUUUAGGUAAGCUCAGCAGGCAAGUCGGGCUAAAAAACACAACAAGAGAUACUGUUUGCCACUUCCACAACAUUUUCAAUCCAACGAUAUCAACUGACGCUUUUCUUGUUAUCUUGUUUCUACACAACCACGAUUUCUAUUUAAUCUGUUCACGACUACUAUGGGCCACUUUAACUUGCAAUUGCCGAUUAAAUUCUAUUCCAACGCGAACAUCGAAAAACCACACUUGCUACGAUAACAGCACACAGAGAGUCACAUCACCAAUUUCCUCACAUCUUGUCAAAAUAUUAAACAUUUAUUCAAAUAUCGAAUAUAAUUGGUUUAAUAUUAUUAUUUUUCAAUAAAUAAUACUCACAGAUGAAAAUGAACCUACUAUUCUGACAUAAUAGUCUACAACCUUUGUAUAUUUGGAUUCAUAAGGUCUAGAUACACUGAGAAAUAUGGUAUUACUAUGUUGCCAACAAAUAAAAACUUAAAGUUAAGACGAGGCAAGUACUAAAAUUAGUGCAAAAUUGUAUAUAACAAUAAGCUACGUUAUUUUGAAGAUUAAUUUCAAAGUGCACGCUACAUUCAUCCAAAUUCCAUCUGUUGAUCUCCACUACAGGCAGACGAGUUUAUUUGCUCCGUUUCAUUUCCUUUCUAUCCUUAACUAUAGUCGAUUUAAUUAUAUGGAAUGCGCCCAGUUUGUAUCAUCAGUUCGAACAGCAAAUUACUAUUGAAAUUGCACAGAAUCGAAAGUCUUAUUUUCGAUUCUCCCCCAAUACUAAACUAAAAUAAUUAACCUCGACGCUUUCGUUGUCAGGUUGUUAUUUUGACUAUUCGACUUUUUAUCUCUGAAUUUUUUUUGUCACUUUUGGUAUUGUAAAUCUCCGCCUAAAACAAAUAGAUUCUACAUUCAAAUAAACCCUAUAAUUAUAAACUUUCCACCAAGAUAAAACUAAAUCUGCACGACUAGCAGAGUUUGCAGUUGUUGUCUUUACAGCGAUAAUACCAAACCAUAAGGAUUCCUUGGAAUAGGACAUCCACACUCCUUGUGGGAGCCAACUGACUAUCAUAUACGCAAGGUACAAGGACACCUCGAAUGUUUUGACUUAACUCGAAACAUCAGAUCCUUAUAGUAUACUCUUCAAAAGAAUGACUAGUAGAUGUAAAUUGUCUGGCGUAUUGGAGUCUAACAGUUCACGAGUGGUGCUGUUAUUUUUCAGGUUGACCGGCAACCAUUAGUUGAAUAGUAAAGUAAAUUUUACUAAAAUAAGGAACUUAAUACUAUUGAUUUCAAGUUUCGUAAUUAUUAAAGUGUAUUGUAAUGAUCGUUGGCCAACGAACUGGGUAAUGUUAAAUAAUCAGUAUUGAUACAGACCUCUCUGAAAUGUUAUACAGCGAUAAUGCAACAGCAACGAACUGUAGAAUCUGACUUUGUGCAUGGCCCUGAUGUAAUUCCUAAGUAAUGUAUUAACAAAAUGAGAUAUUCAUCAGAGGUUACUUCCCAUCUAUUUUGGACUUUUUUAAAUCCAUUUCAAUAGUAAAUACUAGACUAUUGCAGUACUUAGCUCGUAGAAAAUGUACUAUUGCACUUGCAAUCCAAAAGUCCAGUAAUGCAGUAAUUUUAUUUAUAAAUAUGCAUCAAUUUCAAUACUUGUGAAUAAUUUUAGAUAAGCACUUAACUGAUUUGUUGAAAAACUCUGACACCAAGUUUGGUGAUGUAACUUUAUGCUUUAGAAGAGUAUGAAUAUGAUUACUUUUGGGGUGCACUAUAUAGUCUGACAAUGAAAUGAAAAAUUUCUUGCUAUUAAAAGUUCUUGGGUAUGUAAAUUAUCGUCCUGCAUGUAUAAUUUUACUUUUCAAUUGUUGUUGAAAAAGGUAUUGAAUAUUUUUCGUGACAUCUAUUGGGUAUGCUACAAUAACUCUAGGUUUUUUUUAAUGUAUACUCUACAAACGAUAAAACUAAUGAGGUGAAAUUUGGUCGACACAUAUUUUUGUAUGCCGAAUUCAAACUAUGUAGGUACAUAUUAUCAAUAAUUACAUUGACUUGGGAUCUCCUUUCCUUGUGAGUCGAAAGUAUUCUAUAAUAACCUACAUUGAGUAUUUUCUAUAUAUACAUAUUAUUAUACAUAGAAUGCAUACGUGUAUUUGUAUUAGGAUUAUUUGAAAACUAGCAUAGUAUACAUCGACAUUACGCAAUACAAGGACAUAGUCCGCCAUAUACGUAUGAUAUUAUUUUGACAUUGACUAGCCUUAUUAUAUUAUAGUAUAUAUAUUUAUUUCUGGGAUACGCGUUUCAUUUUUUGAAUUAUUAAUACUACAUGCAGUCAUAUGUAAGUACAUGACCAAAUAGUUGUAAAAAGAAUUGUUCCCAUCAAAAUAUCACUGUUGGGAAUGAAUAUUCAUCGUAAAUCAAGUAUUGAGACAGCUGAGAAGUCUUGGAUCUGUUCAACAAAUUUCUGUUAUUAUGAAAUGUAACUAGUAGAUUAUGUCUUCCGUUGUUGGAUAAAAAAUAAAUUACUGUAGAGUUUGGAGCAAUUUCAA